UUAAACUUCAGUUCACGUCGCAGGUGUCAGAUUUACGAGAAAAUCUGGUAAUAGUCAAUGAAGCUUCAGCAGAGGUGAAAGAGUCUCCUAAGCUUAAAAGAGUGAUGCAAACGGUUCUGUCCCUGGGAAAUGCGUUAAACCAAGGAACUGCUAGAGGGGCGGCGAUUGGAUUCAGACUCGAUAGUCUACUUAAGCUGACAGAAACUCGAGCUCGUAAUUCUAGAACUACGUUAUUACAUUAUCUGUGUAAAAUUGUAUCCGAGAAAAUGCCCGAAAUACUUGAUUUUGACAAGGAAUUGCCUCACCUUGAGGCAGCCACCAAGAUUCAAUUGAAAGCUCUUGCAGAAGAAAUGCAAGCCGUAAGCAAAGGCCUGGAAAAGGUUGAGCAGGAAUUGACAGCGUCUGAAAACGAUGGAGCCGUCUCUGAUGGGUUUCGGAAGAGCUUGAAGAGUUUCCUUGAUACAGCGGAGGCGGAGGUGAGAACACUGGCGUCUUUGUACUCUGAAGUGGGCCACAAUGCCGAUUCCUUGGCGCGCUACUUCAAUGAAGAUCCCGCUCGCUGUCCAUUUGAGCAAGCGGUGUCGAUCAUUUUUAAUUUCAUCGUGAUGUUCAAGCGUGCAUUGGAAGAGAACAGCAAGCUAGCAGAGAUGGAAAGGAAGAAGGCUGAGAAGGAGGCCGACAAAGGCAAGGUUCUCCCGCUGAGAAGAGAGCUGGAUGGGCUACUGUCGCCCCGGCAAAGCAGGAUAGCGUGA